AUGGCGCCACGAUACGCCCUUUCGAGCUCCGAGCCCGAGUCGGAAGCUGAAUCAGCGUCCGGUCGGCCUGCCGAUGAUGCCUUGGAGCAGGCACUGCGUGAUGCGGUUACAAAAGUGUACAAGUCGGGCAAGAUGGAGGAAUUGACAGUGAAGCGGGUGCGGCUGGCUGCGGAGAAGGCGCUGGAGCUAGAAGAGGGCUUUUACAAGACUCAGGGGGAUUGGAAGACAAGGAGUGAGCAAAUUAUUAAGGACCAGGUGGAGGAGGAAGAGAAAGCUACACAGGAACCCGUGUCGGAUGACCAGGAAGAUGCCGCGUCAUCUGCUUCCGAAGACGCAAAGCCUGCCAAACGAACGAGACCAGAGAAGCCAUCUGCAUCGCGCAAGCGCCAGAAGAAGAGCGCUUCGGUAUCUGAUGGUGGAGAUGCAGCCAACGGGUCACCAUACGAGGAGGAAGACAAGGUAGAAAAGCUCCCGAAGAAACAAACCAAAGCAGCACCAAAGAAGCAGCCAUCGCCCAAGGCUUCAGAGGACUACGUUCAUGAUUCCGACGAGGAGGAAGUAGAAAAGCCGAAGAAUGCUGAAGAAACACCAAAGGAUGACUCAGAGAGCGAACUUUCAGUUGUCCUGGACGAGGAGCCCAAACCGAAGCCGAACCGCAAGCGGCAGAAAAGCGCCGAGGGACCCCCACGCAAAGGCAGGAAACAGACAACGGCAAAGGGAAAGGAUUCGGAUAUGGACCCGAACCAGGCGGAGAUUAAGCGGUUGCAAGGUUGGCUGUUGAAGUGCGGGAUCCGCAAGAUGUGGGCACGGGAGCUGGCUCCCUACGAUACGCCCAAAGCGAAGAUCAAUCAUCUCAAGGGCAUGUUGAAGGACGCGGGCAUGGAGGGGCGCUAUUCGGUUGAGAAAGCCAAUCGAAUCCGCGAGGAGCGUGAACUCAAAGCUGAUCUGGAGAUGGUCCAAGAAGGAGCCAAGCGAUGGGGUAAAGAAAGCGCCAGCGAGAACAGUGAUGAUGGUCAACCAAAGCGGCGGCUGAAUCGCGGGCGGAAGAGUCUGGCCUUUUUAGAGAGCGAGGGAGAGGAAACGGACUGA